AUGGAUUUAGUUCUAUCAGAAUCAACUGAUUGCGAUAUCUUGAAUGUAUUUGGUGCAAAAAUUCAUUGGUUUUUGAAUGAUUUUAACAAACAUUAUAAAGCAGCAACGGGUAGAGACUUGGAAUUUGAAACUUCAAAAAAUUUGAAGAACAAAUUCAUGACUGAAGUCGCCAAAGAAAUUAAGAUAUUUUCCAAAAAAGUGGCAGAAAAAGUUAAAACAGAGGAGAAAUAUCUCACCAAACAGAAAAACAAUCUUCUUUACGAAAAAUUGAAGCGAUCUAUUGAAACGUUUAUGAAAGAAUUUGAAAAAAUAUACAAUAGAAAACCUGAAACUAAAGACUUUAUUAAACAUCAAACUUUUGAUCAAACUUUUUCAAGUUGA